AUGAAAGGAACUGAUAUGCUAUUUUCGGCACUAAGUUCAUAGCCAGAAAAUCUUUAAAUGGAAUUAUAGGCAGAAUAAUAAAAUGAAUAUGAAAGAGAAUAUUUGGAGGCUGAUUUAGGUUCGAGAGUAAGAACAAGAAAUCCAAGUUCAAACAAUUUUACACAUAAAUCAACUAUCCAAAUUGAUACACACAGAAAUUGUGAAGUAAUGCAUUAUUCAUCAUAAAGCCAUUAAUUAUUGUCAAAGAAGAAAGUAAUAAGAUUGCAAAGAAAACAACUGGGGUCAAUUUUAUGAAAUAUUUUUAUUUGAAGAGAUUUAUUUAAAGAAUCAGAAACAAUCGAACAAAGCUAACUAAUGUGAAUGAAAACCACAUAAAAUUAGUGAAUGACAACUCUAGCGAUAGGUAUCAGUUAAUUGAUUUAGUUAAGUUAUGAUGUCAUUUCUAAAAUUUAAUAGUCAUCCCAAAUUCUAAAUACGAAAUGUUACUAUGCUUUUUAGAGACAACACGAUUAGUAAAUAAGAAAACAGAUUCAAAAUAUAUCUAAAUGAAAAAAAUCAGCAAUUCAGAAAAUAUGUUCACGAAUUAGUUUCUAAAAUACCUCAAAUUCAUCCAGAAACACCUAAAAAAAUAGUCUGGGAUUAUUGGACCAUUGUGUUUAGAUUAAUCUUAUUAAUACUUAUUCCAUUAGAAAUAUCGUAUAACCCAAAAAUUUUAUUUGACCAAUUAGUUGGUUUAACAAUUACAAUCAUAAUCAUUUUAAUUAUUGAUAAUAUUUUGAGAUUAAAUACGAUCUUCUAUUAGCAUGGGCAUGCAGUUUUUGAUAGAUGGAAGAUCAUUCAAUAAAAUUUGCGUUUCUAAUUUAUAUCAGAUAUUGCUUUAAUUUUAAUAUUAAUAUAUUUUAUUUAAUUUGAUGGAAAUCAAUUUUAAUAUUUAGUGCUUUUGAUAUCUUUGACAUAACAUUAUUAAAUUAAUAUCACCUUAGAAAAAAGCGAAGAAUCCUCAUACUUUACUAAAAAAUAGAAGGCAUUCAUCAGUUUAUUCAAACUUUUAACUUACUUAAUAUAUGUAUUACAUCUAUUCGCUUGUAUAUGGUUUUACAAUAGUUCCUUAAACACAUAAAACUCAUGGAUCAUUUUUAAGGAACUAGACCAUUAAACUUGGUAAGUCCAAUAUUUAGAAGCAUUUUACUUUGCUAUUGUAACGAUGUUGACUAUUGGAUACGGGGAUAAUGUGCCAAAAUCUUGGAACGAGAAAAUAAUAGCUAUAUUCUUUAUUUUAAGUGCUUGUCUAUGGUUCUCCUACAGUAUUAAUACAAUAGGAACCAUAAUUAAGGAGAUCAAUUUAAACUUAGUAGAAAGAAGCAAAAAGAUUAGAGUCAUAAAUAGAUAUAUGCAUUAAAGAAAUAUUCCUUACAGUUUGCAAUAUAAAAUCAGAGAAUAUCUAACAUUUAGAUGGAAAGAAGAAUCUGAAAUAGAUCUUCAAUAAGAAGAAACAUUAUUAAAUGAACUGUCAGAAGAAUUGAAACAAGAAUUAAAAAAACAAGCAAACAAUGUAUUCUUUAAACAUUGUGAUUUCCUAUUUAAAAAUUUCAGCUUAGAAUUGUAAAACUCACUCUCCCCUUAUAUUAAACGAAAGAUAAUCUAACCAUAAAAUUCUUUUUCAAUUUACACCCUAAGUGAUACUUAUUAGCCACAUUUAUGUUUUGUUGAAUAAGGAUAGUUGCAAUAUUAGAAUUUUUUAAAAGUUUCCUUGAAAAGUGUCUAAUCCCAAGGUUAAUUUGUAGAUGCAUCAGAAUUUAUCGAAGAAAAUGACAAUGUGUAAACGUUUAAAGCAAUUGGUUAUGUUAGUCUGUUGAUUCUAAGCAAAGUAAGUUAAUUCAAUAAUUUUUAGACUGAUUUUAUGAAUAUUAUUCGUUAAUAUCCAAAAGAUUACUAAAAGUACUGUCAUAUAAAGGAUUAAUAUAUACUAUCCGUCAGAUAAAAUCAUUUACCAUAUAGUUAGUUUUGUAUUGCAUGUGGCAAUAAUACUCAUGGAUUGAAAGAGUGUGCAAAUCUAUCCAUGACACUAGACAGAGAACUAAUAAUCAAGAGACAUUAAUACACUGUUGAGCAAAAGAGAAAAAAUCAUAAUAGAUCUAAUAAAAGAGGGAAAGCCUCUUUUUCUACUCUAUGUGAUAGAGAAAUUAUUGAAUAAUUUGUUAUUUAUUUUUAGAAUGAACAGCCAAAGUUAGUUUAGAUUCAAUUAGGUAAAUAGUUAGCUUAAGAGCAAGAAGGUGAGGAUGUAAAAUCUGAACUUAAUGAUUAAUCUCAGUUAACUAAGAAUUUCAAAUUCAGAAGGCAAGAUUCAGUUCCAGUUUCAAUUCCAAGGUAUUCUCAAUAGAGUUGUGAAUGUCUGUCUAUGAAUAAAUAACUUUGCCUUAAUGAUUCUGUUAUUUCUAGUGAAAACAAUUCUAUUCAAAAUUUGAAGUUAUCAACAAGGUAAUAACAAAUGCUAAAUACGAAUAAGUUUAUGACAGCAAAAUUAUCAAAAUAUAAGAAGUUGUAUUAAUAGUAGGUUUCUAAGGUUAAUCAGAACGAUUCUUUGGAAUCAUUCAAAUUUGAUUUAUAAGAAUAUUAUUUUCAAAAUUUGGAAUAAUUGUAUAAUAGGAUCUUUAAUGAUGAAAAUAACGUUAUCUCAAAAUAAGAUUAAUCAGUCUAGCAAUUAUAAAUCCUAUACUAUUAAUAAAAAGCAUAAUAAGAAAUAGAAUAAUUUGAAAUUGUUAAGAAUUUUACUUUUUAUAUGACAUAAAACAAUAUUGAAAAUAUAGUAUAAUAGUUAGAAUAGAAGCAGCAUUUAUUAUUAAAAAAACCAAUAACUUAAUUAAUAUAAUUCAUGUAUUUUCCUUAUGAAUUUAUUAUGAAAUUUUAAAGGAUUAAAACUCAAAAACUAAAAUUGCUCAAUCAAAAAAGAAAAAGAUCAUUUAAAAAUAUGAAAUAGAAAUAAUCAAAAAUUAAUGACUUAGUCAGAAAGUGGGAGACUCCACGAAAAUCCUAUAAAUUCAGUGUUAUAAUCCCUGUGCAAAAUGAAGGCGAUGUAUAAUGA